AUGGGGAAGGUGUCCAGUGUGUUGCUGUCAGACCGUUGGCCAAGCACAGCUGAGGAGCACAAGCAUCCAGUUUCCACUGUCCUAGUGACUUGUUCAGUGCUGCAAAAUAAUACCUCUUCUGAGAAAAUAGAUGGUCCAAAAUGUGUAAAUUUGCAAAAGCUUUAUCUUUAUUGCAAUAAAAUUUCCAGGAUUGAAAAUCUGGAAGCCCUAACAAAUUUUAGUCUACUUUGGUUGAAAAAUAUGAUGAAAAAUAUAGAGGGCUUACAUACUCUGUAGAAUUUGCAAGAGGUCAACCUCACUGGGAACUCAGGAAAAAUAGGAAGAGUGGAUAUUAGGAAAAGUUUUAGUUUGGUAGUACAAUUCUUGUUGAUGUAAUUGGAAACAGUGGGAAACAUUCCCUUUGAAGAAGGUUUAUCAGAUCCAUGGUAAACUUUUAAAGGUGCUUCAAUUACCUGUUUCUUAUGAUUCCAAUAACCAUUCUGUACUUGUAACUUCAAAACAUACAGAAUCAUGGAAACGGAAAUAAGCAUAUUUAGAGUGUCCAAUCAAAUUCUGAGGCUGAAAUUUAAAGAGAAGUUUCAAAUAUUUGUGUAAGAAGAAGUUUUCAGUAGACAAAUCAAAUCCCACCCAGAUGCACCUGCAUCUGUGUCUCAUUGCAUCACAGGAGAGCACGUGCACGUCAGGACAGUCACAAGGUGGAUUUGUAUCCAUGCAGAAAAGAUAGAAUCUCUCUCUUGUGUAUGCAACCCUGAAUUGCCAGUUAAGGAAAAGCAGCUGCCUCAAAUGCUGGUGGAUAGUUUCCAGGGUCUGGAACCUGACAUAAAAAAACCUUCUCUUUUCUGUAACAGUCUCAGCUUAUGUGAAUGUCCCAAAACAGAGUUUCUGAAAUAAUAAGCUAAGACAGAAGGCAAAACCAGCAGGGAUCCUAAGAAGUCGUUCAAGCAUGGGAAAGUGAUAAUUGCAAAAGUGUUCCUUGGCCACAGUUCUCCAGCUUGUGCAAUGAAUCCCAUCUAUCAAGUCAACUACUGAGGAGCUAAUUCAGUAUUCAGGCCAUGGAAAUGCCAAGAAAGUGAUGCAUCUACUUCUGGCAAUGAAAUGUGGGCUUCCUUGGAAUGGGGGAAUUGUGGCUGCAGCCACCGGCAUUGUGAGAGGCUUGUGUUUGACCAAAAACUGGUCCUGACAGAAUACAUUGCUGGAUUUGAGUGUGUUACUCUGCUAUUUCUCAAAAAACAGUGUCUGUCUUCUAUGUGCAAUAUAAUAGUGAAAGAGGGAAAGAGAAACACAGAAAGAUUUAUUCUGUCUCAUGAUUUGUAACGUGAUGUUAAUGUUUUGAACAUGGAACUGACAGUAAAGGUCAGGCCUCAGACUGCUUCAAUGAAAAAAGCCCACAGUUUCUGCAGUGUUUUGAGUUUGAAUGGGAACAGCCUGAGCACGCUGCAGGACAGCUCUGAUUUAAAAACACUUCUAAAGCCUAUCAUCAGCUUUCUUGAAUUUACUUCAUUAAAUAAUAUUUAUGUAUAUUUUGAUGUGAAUCAUAACCAUGUGAUCACUUUUGAGGGCAUAAAAGGCUUUAAUAAAGUGCAGUUCCUCAACCUGAGAGGGAAUCAGCUGAAGAAGUCCAGGGAAUACAUAAAGAUUUUACAAAAACACACUCCCAACAUACUCAGUCUUGACAUCACACACAACCCACGGCAUAAGCCAGUCUCCUUUCAGCUGAGUGUCACCAGCCAGUUAAAGGCUCUCACUGACUCAAAUGGAGUCCUGAUUUCUAAUGAAGUUGCAGAAGUAUCACAAUACAUUACAGGAUCAAAGAUGAAUGAGUGUUGUUACUGUUUUUUAGCUCUGAAUCUGGUGUUAGCAGACCAGUUUAGAGAUGUCUGCAGCAUGAAUUUACAGAACAACAAUCUCCUGCCUUUCAGUGGUUUAAUCUUCUUCCCCUCUUUACAUGUAUUAUGGCUGAGCUACAGUCAGAUUGAAUCAAUACUGCCUGGACAAAAGCUCCCAAAUCAGGGAACAAAGAGGCAGCAGCUAUCUCUGUCUGGCUACAUUAAUAUGUCUGUUCGCAAACUCGGGGCCUUCAUAAUUGCAAACUCUCCAGAGGACUCCGGAUUUCCUGAACUGACAGCAAACUUUACAAGACAUAACCCUCUCAAUAAGCCUAAGAACACGGGAAUUACAACAAAUAAUCUUUGAAGCAUCCAUGCAGAAAGAGCUCUUGGGCAAGCCAAAGGAGCAGCAACUAAUCUUCUAAACCAUUUGGUGCAUCACAGUGCUGCUGCUCGAACCAGCCAACUGCACCAGGGCCACACAGAAAAUCCAGGCAGGUGA